CAAUUCCUAUGUGGCAGUGGAUGUCAAGGUAAUGUCUUUUACAGCUACGGCGGAUGCUACAUUCAUCUACGGAAUGGACGGCUCCGGUAAGCUUUUUCUCCCACGUCCUUUGAAUUCCCGUUCUUGGGAGGACGGAGAAAAUGGCCUCAAACGCUCGAGGGACAAUUCUACGGAAGAUGUGGACGACAGCACGUUGUUCCACACAUUUUUGGGCACCUCGCCGGACGACGGCGAUAAUCAUGCCUACUCUUCUCCCCUCCGAAGCCCUACAACGGUCAGUAGUGAUCAAGACGACCGGGCCGGACCGGAACGGGACGCCCGGACUCCUCCAAGGGCUCUCAGCAACAAUUCGUUAUUUGGUGAAGACUUUGUCAAUAGCAGUAGACGUUCUGGUCUAAACGGCCGCGGAGCGUUCGAUACGGAAGACACAGAUCACAUUUUAACCCUUUCCCCGGAGCAACAACCGAGGCUGCCGUUUUACGACCUCAGUCCCAGCGAAACUAUGACUCCGCCCUCUGCGUCCCACUCCCAAACGUUGUCUCCCCCACCGCUGAUACAACACUUGGAGAAUGUGUCGUACUCGUCCCGAACAACAUCGCAAAUAAAUCAUAGCAACAACAACAACAACAGUCACCGUCCACCGAGGGCGCCCGGACAAAUAGCACGGUUCUCCAGUCACAGUGUAGAGGGCACAGUCACUUCGGCGUUUGCCGCGCAUCUUUCCAAGCCACCGGUCGUUCUGCCGCGACAUCAUAGGCGCGCCUCGAGCGCCGGAGACGCCAGCUUUUUGUCGGCGCUGACGGAUGCGUCUUUUGAAGCACCCAACGGAAACGACUUGCUGCUGCCGAGGGGAGAUUUCACUAAACAGCAGCAUCAAGAAGAUCGUCGUCUUGGUCAUCGCCGCAACGCAUCCUGGGAUCCUACCGUGGAGUCGCAACUUCAUGGGGAAGUCCGGGGUAUGAACAUUGACGUACCAGUCGCACUACAGCAACCAAUUUUGAGUGAUUUUUCUUUGCAGAUGGAUCAAGCGAGGAUUCCUGACAAGUCUGCAGCCAUGAAUCCCGUCGUGAAAAAAUCUCUCAUGACUUUGGUCAAGCGAUCGCCUACCGUAUCGCUCGCUCCGCUAGAUCAUUCAAACGCAUCAAUCGCAGCCUUAGACAAUUUAACAGCACAGUCGUCGACGCCUUCCGAAACUUCAAGUCUGCCGGCGACAAGAAAGGCUCUAGAUUAUGAGGAAGACCACUUUAGAGCAAAAGAGAUUGAUGCGAAAGUCGAAAAGCUUAUUUUCGAUACCCACGAAGGCCACAUUCAAAGAUUGACAAUGUUUGAUUCGAAUCAAGCCAAAAACCCAAAGGUAUUGCGCGAGGACGCUUUGUUGAGGGCUUCCAGUGCUUUUGAAGCGUUUCAGAAGAUAAUAUCUCCUGAUGAUGAGGCAGACUGCUUUGAAGUCGAAACGGGUCAUGAACUACGUCUGAACGAAAGCUCAAUGGAUAUGCUUGUCAGGCAUGCUCGGAUAAUGAAAAGUAUUUUGGUAUUGGCAUAUCCAACGGGAGGAGCUAGUGCUGCUAUCGCUUCUGGUAAGACUAGUCGUUUGCAAAGAGGAAAAGAAGAAGAGAGUAACGACACCGAUCAGGAUACUCAAGAUCAACAGGAAAGCGACCAAGGGAAUAGCAGUGUGGCCCAGGACGAAACUGGCCAUAAAAUCAAUCAUCUCUCCAUCAAAGACUCUGUUGGUCUCAGCAAUGAGUUCGUGCGGAACGCGAAGGCAGUGGAAGACCAGUGGGCCAUGUUUGAAAGUCUAUGCAAUGGUGAAAAGGACUUCUUAAAGCGCACCACAUUGAAUCUUGUCUUUUAUGCCAUUCUUCCGUCGACGAUGAUCGCUUGCUUUCUCUUUUAUGGGGCCGGGAAUCCACAAGCAGGAUGGUGGCAGCCGGGUGAGCCUGCUGUGGACCCAAAAGGGGACUUGAAUGGAACAACCGUGACAUCAGCUAGCUGGUGGUGUCUGUUUUUAGGGGUACGACAAAUUGUGCUGUAUGCUUUGGCUAGUUGUUUUGAAGUAUGCCUUGUCAAAUAUCUUGCUCUAGCCAGCCCAGGCUUCAUCCGUAGUUUGGGACCCAACUUGGCGCUUUCGAUAUCACAAGGGCACGGCUAUCCGAUCAAGCUUGUUUCCUUUGCCACAUUGAGCUGUUUGUUGUCGUACGGAAAAAGCGAUUUCAAAAAUCAUUGGCUGUUCUGGCAAACCAAGAUCGAAGUUUUAUCUCAAGCAAAUCCUGCCGGUAAUGUUUCAAGCCACGCUUUCUACGGGCGUGUCCUCUAUGCAUUUAUAUUUGUCGGUGUUUCAACAUGGUUAAAGCGUCUUUGGGCCGGCCAGCACUUCGGCAGACGACUGUAUAGUCGAUACAAUCAUCAAUUGACCAAAAUUCUGAACAAGAUGCUUCUUAUUAGUGAAGUAGCAUACCUUUCAAGUAACGCAGAGAGUUUUGCUCGCAGUGAUAUCAGUGUGAACCCACUCAAAGCGGAUCCUUCUUUUGUCAACCGUUCAUCAUCGGAUGAAAGAACAGGCGGACGGAUAAAGGUCGAUCGCAAUGUCGACAAAUAUUCGCAGAACUUGCAAUUACCUACUCUUUUUGAGAACUUGAAAGAAUAUGUGGCGCAGUCCAAUGACGAGAAUAUUAACGUCACCUCGUUAAAAGAUAUUCUGCUUUUCCACCAUUCGUACCAGAUGAUACAAUCAGAGUAUCCUUUUUCUGCUGUAUUUGGACCCUCGGCAACUCAGGCUCAAUGCUCAAAUUCAGCCGAAAUUGUAUAUCGGCGUUUGCUGAAACUCCAGGAUCGGGAAGAGGCCGCUGGUCUUGAGUUUGGAGUGCUUUCUAGAAUAGUGCUACGGGAAAAGGGUGACAUUGCUAGUAACAAAAUUCGUUGGCCUUUUGACAUUGGCGAUCACAUUACCGUAUCAAACGACGACAGAAUGGAUGUGCAUGGAGCGGAGGGAUGGAUUGUUGAAAAAAUGGACUUGUUCACGACCACGCUUCGCAUGAUCUCAUCUCGAAAAGUCGCAACGUUUUCAAAUGCUUCGCUAGCCCGCAGUUGUAUCGUCAAUCUGAAGCGCUCCGAAAACGCGCAGAUCAACAUAUUGCUCAAAUUUGAUUCGGAAAUAUCACUUUCGAAAGUCAAAGUCUUUACGAAGGCAGUCAAUCGGUUUGUUGAAAAGCACUCUAAGGAGUGGUUGGCCGUCACCUCAUUUCGAAAAAUUAGAGUCGAAGCAGACCUGGGCUUCGUCGAAUAUCAAUUGGGGCUUCUGCACCGGAAAGCUUGGCAAGACACUCUUGCCAUUGCUGAAAGCAGGGCCAGUGUUUCUGGUUUUUGUGGUGCGCUACAAAAGAAGCUGGGCAUAGCACUCGCCACAACAUCCGUACCUAAAGUAUAUGCAUGCUGUAGACAAUAAAUGACGAAGUCAUUCACAGCUCAAUAGCGAAACAUACAGCAAUCAUUCCUAACCAACUCUGACCAUCAUGUAUCUAAAAAAGAAAUUUUGGCUUAAUUUGUGAAGGGAGAGAAAGGGAAUCUUGAAUAUUUCAAACGCAAGCAAAAUAGAAAAUAAUGGCCGUAAAUAUAUCUAUAUAGAU